UAGCCGCUUUGUCCUCUCGUUUCCUCGCAGCUUCUGAACAGCCGGCGAGUCCCGGCGGACCCCAAUACCGCCGCUUGAACCUCCACCGCAGCAUGCUCAAAGUCACCAUGCCCUCUUCCUCGUCUUCGUCGCCUUCCUCUGCCUCCGCCACCCCCAGCGCCACUGGCACUCUUGCAUCUGCCUCUGCCCCUCUCCCUGCCCCUACCCCGGGCCGAGUCGGAGGUGUCGCCACCCCUGGCCCCGCCAGCCCGGAUUUCUGGAUCGACGGCUCCAAUAGGGACUCCCUCACGGAUUAUUACGACCUCGAGUCAGAGCUGGGACGGGGUGCUACAUCUAUUGUCUACAGGUGCAGGCAAAAAGGAACUCAAAAGCCUUUUGCUGUCAAAAUCUUGAAGAAAACUGUAGAUAAGAAGAUUGUCCGAACAGAGAUAGGUGUUCUUCUUCGACUUUCACAUCCAAAUAUUAUAAAAUUGAAGGAGAUAUUUGAAACCCCCACAGAAAUCAGCCUUGUCUUAGAACUGGUAACAGGAGGAGAGCUGUUCGACAGAAUUGUGGAAAAAGGAUAUUACAGCGAACGAGAUGCUGCUGAUGCAGUGAAACAAAUCUUGGAGGCAGUUGCUUAUUUACAUGCCAAUGGAAUUGUUCACCGGGAUUUGAAACCAGAAAAUUUAUUGUAUGCAACUCAGGCUCCAGAUGCACCUUUAAAAAUAGCUGAUUUUGGACUUUCCAAGAUAGUUGCAGAUCAUGUUACCAUGAAAACAGUCUGUGGAACUCCAGGAUAUUGCGCACCAGAAAUUCUACGAGGGUGUGCUUAUGGCUCAGAAGUGGACAUGUGGUCCAUAGGAAUAAUCACCUAUAUCCUACUUUGUGGCUUUGAACCAUUCUAUGAUGAAAGAGGAGAUCAAUAUAUGUUCAAGAGGAUUCUGAACUGUGAAUAUGAUUUUGUUUCUCCCUGGUGGGAUGAUGUAUCUCUGAAUGCCAAGGAUUUGGUUAGGAAACUAAUUGUGCUUGACCCCAAAAAACGGCUUACCACUUUCCAAGCUUUACAGCAUCCUUGGGUCACUGGAAAGGCAGCCAAUUUUAUUCAUAUGGAUACAGCUCAAAAGAAACUCCAGGAAUUCAAUGCUCGACGUAAACUGAAGGCUGCAGUGAAAGCUGUUGUUGCAUCAACUCGUCUUGGAAGUGUAGGCUACCAUAGCUCCCAUGACAGCAAUAAGCUGAGUGAAAACCAGCUUGUAAUCUCAGAAGAUGAUACAGAAGAAAAGGGGACAUCAAUAUGCCACAUAAUUCAGGAAACGGACAUUCAGGAAAAAGGAUCUGAAGGCGGAGAGCCGUAAACCUUGCAAUGUCUUCUUUUAGCAAAGACCUCCCAUUUCAUGCACCAGCCAAAUUACCAUUCAACGAAUGAGUUAUGGAUGACUUUGCUUUCAGGUGUAAAGUCCAACUGUAGCUGGUGACCUGAACUUUAAUGCAUGUGAUUGCUUCUGAAAAACAGUAAAGUCUUUUAUUGGCAUGCCGUGGAUAAAGUGAUGUUUACAGUAAUGCCAACAGGUGAAUUGGAGAAUAGGAAGUAUGCUCACAUCUUAUGAGCAACGUGAAUAAGUAAUGUAGAAUGUUUAAAAGAUAAUAUAUAAAAUGCAGGAUGGUUGUUGCUGACACAAGAAAGGCAUUCUUUAGCAAUCGUGACAUUUUUCCAAUAUGCUUCCUUUCAAAUUUGUAAUUAUCCAGUAGGCACAAGGAUCCAUCAAGUGUUUUUUUAAAAGCCUAUGAAGGAGUUUUAUUUAUUAAUGAUACCUUAAAAAAUAUUUAUGAUGGAAAAUUUAAGAGAUUUAUAUGCAAAAAUAUUGUUUGUUCCUUUGAAAAAUUGAGAAGUGAUUGGGAUGACUAAAAGAUCUUGAUGCUGAUGUUAAGAAUGCCUUACUUCUGUUGAUAACCAUUUCUGUACAGUCUUAAUUUAUAGCUAUCAUUUGGCAUUUCAGAAUUAAAUAUUCCUUUGGCAGAACCAAAUUCCUGUAAGAGUUGCACACAACCCAAGAGGGUGAAGAAAAUAUGCUGCAGAAAACUUAGAAUCAGUCAUCAUUAUGAAAUUGUGCCCUUGUUUAUUGAAAAUUGGGAAUGUUGAUCUGAAAUUUUAGAAUUAUACUGCAAGAAGGAUAUAUGGUAUCCAGAAGGAGAGUACCCAACAUACUGUAGAAAUACUUAUAUGGUAGGUGAUACAGGGACUUCCUCAAUCAGAGGAUACGUGAAUGGGGUGCCUUGUCAGUAUACAAUCUUUGCUAAAUAUAGUUUAUGUGAGUUGAACUAUCAGCAGAAUGGCUUUUUAACAAGAAACUUUUCUUUGUAAUUCUAACAUCUGAAUUCCUGAAUACAAAAAAUUUACAAAGAAAGAGAUGACAGUUACCCUAACUGCUCAGUUCUAUAUGUUUCUACUCAGAAAUAAGUCCUAAAGAGUUAAUAGUAUAUAUUCUGUGAUAACUGAGUAUAGUUUUAGAAUUUCAACCUCGCAGAAACCAAUUAAGUAUAUAAGUACAGUCUCAUUUGCUUUUUAGUACACGCACAAUAACAUAAUAUGUUUGAUAUUUUUUUCUUAAUUAUGCUUUCAGCAGCAUUGUUCAUCAGUGGAACUACAAUUAUUAGUAAACCAAGAGCAUGUUCUGAAGCAAAAGGAAUGAAUUAUUUUAACUUUUUAUUAUAUUAAAAUGAAGGGUAAAUGAACAUUAUUUGUGUGAGGCUAGGUGUGAUAGAAUCAUGGUUUAGUACAAAAUAGCAUAUGUUUGUUUAUGCAGUAAAUAUUAUAAAUGCUUUUCUAAAAUAUACAAUGUUAUUCUGAAUGCAUGAAUAAGAACAUGAGAAAUAUUUGUUUCACACAGGAAUAAUUGGAGCAAGCACAAGGAAUCAUUGCAAGAGCUUAUUUUUGUGAGUUGAAAAAGGUGGCUUAAUAUCAGUAUUAACAACUACAUUUCUUGCCUGGAGUAAAUGAUUUAGACAGUAAAUUAAUAACAACUAUAAUAAACCUCCAGCAAUAUCUAAAGCACUUCAUAUAUAUGAAUAAGUGCGUGUACACACACACACACACACACACACACAUACACACAGACUUUUGGUGAAACUGCAUAAACUGAACUCAAAAUCAUCCCCUCUUUCACAUGAUAUACAAAUUCCCUAGGCCUGUAGAAAUCUGUGUAGAUAUUCAAACCAUCAUAUCAUAGCUUCUAGGUGUAGUUAAAUGCAUGCCCCAUUGAAAUGAAUCAAUGAAUUACUUUAGUAGUUUUCACCAUGGCUUGCAUUGAUGGUUUAGAUAGCACAAAUAUACGGUUAUUGCUUUCAUGAAUUUGCUUUCAUUGAUUUUGCUAUAUGAAUGUAUCUGUGUAUUUUAGUUCUAGCAAGUGUGGAAAGACAGGGUAUAAAUGGUAAUUUAUUUGUUUUUAUAAGAUUAUGCUGCACAUUUUCCACUGAGAUUCUACUAUAAAAUUAGUAUUUGAUGAAACAUACAAAUAGACCUCAUUUAUCAAUUGUUCUUAGUUACAACAGUAAGGAAAAAGUAAUUUUAUGACCAGUUCUUGCAUUUACGAUCUUUGCAGAUCUGUAAAGCAGAGGAAAGCUGAAGUAAGAUGAUAAACUCAGUUUCAUUUAGCACCUCCUUCACUUAACUACUGUUGCCAGUCCCAAUUGUGGUCACUAAAUAAUUACAUUACAUUUUAAAUUG